GCAGCGAAUGCGACCAUUUUGUACCUUGCAAUCGAUAUCUUCUGAUAGUUCUAUCUCGCGGGCUUUUUUUAAGCUCUGAACACAUAUGUUCUAGCAGAAUAAAUCUUUCCAUCCCCACUGCAGAUUUGAUGGAUCUCUGUCUUAGAACGGUCGAGCUACGAAAACAGCUCCUUUGAAUGAUGUUUGAAUGCCGUGCCGAACGUCCAACCAGAUUCUUUCGCCUAGAAGGCGGUCUGUCGUCUCACUUCGCUUCUCGUGGGAAAAUCCCAUUCGAAAUCAGGAGACAGGCUGUUCAACUUGCGUCAACAGUACCAUGACAUCCAAAGAGGAGAAAAUAAUCGUAGUGUCCUGGGAUGGCGACGACGACCCAGAAAAUCCAAAAAAUUGGAGCUAUUCUCAAAAAUGGAUCGCAACUGGCCUUAUAUCCACAUACACGAUGUUGUCUCCCAUUACGUCGUCCAUGAUUGCUCCAGCUGCUAGGGACGUGGCCAAAGAUCUCGGGGCCACCAGCCACAUUUUUGAACCUCUGCUAACUUCGAUAUUUAUCUUGGCGUACGCCUUCGGUCCCCUAUUUUUUGGCCCGGUCUCUCAGGUCUACGGCCGGUCGAGGGUGGUGCAAUUGGGCAAUGUGUUUUACAUGAUCUUCAAUCUUGUCUGCGCAUUUGCAAAGACUCCUAGUCAGAUGCUGGCAUUCCGUUUCCUGGCUGGUAUUGGUGGAAGUGCGCCGCUGGCGCUCGGUGGGGGAGUCAUUAACGAUUGCUGGAGCGUCAAGGAACGCGGUCGGGCAGUGACUUUAUAUGCCCUGGCGCCUCUGUUGGGUCCAAUCAUUGGGCCGAUUGCUGGCGCAUGGAUUGCCAUGAAGACGACGUGGAAAUGGGUUUUCUGGUCGACAUCCAUUGCUGCUGUCUUCGUCCAAGCCAUCUCUUUCUUUUGGCUAAAAGAGACUUUUGCGCCCCUUCUAUUGGCUCGAAAGGCAAGGAAGCUGCAAAAUGCUAGCAGUGGAGAGGAGAAUGUUAUAUAUGUUACCAGCCACCAGCAGAAUCCAUCCAAGCCUCCUGUCCACAAGCUUCUACUCUACCCGGUCGUUUUACUUCUAACCGAACCUACGGCCCAGCUACUAGGAAUAUAUCUAGCCUAUAUAUACGGGCUGGUCUAUCUGAUACUGACGUCGAUCCCUGAUAUAUACGUCGUUGUAUAUCACGAGAGUAUCGGAAUUGCAGGAUUGCAUUACAUCGCCUUUGGAAUUGGCCUUUACAGUGGAGCGCAAAUCACGAAUGCGAUCCUGGAUGGACUGUAUCUCCGCCUCAGCGCUCACUACGGGACCGAAGGCCGUCCUGAAUUUCGAAUUCCCAUUAUGCUGCCCGCCACCCUGUUCGUGCCUAUAGGAUUGUUCAUUACAGGAUGGACUGUGUCAAGCGGAGUGCACUGGAUUGUCCCAGAUAUUGGACUUGUUAUCACCGGAAUGGGCAUCGCCGUGAACUGGCAAGCAAUACAAACAUAUAUCAUCGACACCUACACCGUUCGUGCGGCACCAGCUCUCGGAGGGCUCUCUUUGCUUCGCUCGCUCGUCGGUUUUGCCUUGCCGUUAGCCUCUCCCAGCCUGUACCAGCACUUAGGUUACGGGAAAGGAAACACCAUCCUGGCUAGUUGCGCUUUGGGCCUGGGAUUCCCGAUGGUUUUGAUUCUGUGGUUUUGGGGGACAGUUCUACGUGGCAAAAGUGCAACGGCUAUCCACAAUUAGGUAUUCAUAUUGUUUCAGAAUGGACUAAGAUAAGUAGAGACACUCUCUUGAGGGAUUCGGGCGUAUUAGCAUACACGACUAGUACCUAGAAGUUUAAAAUGACAUUGUUUGGACUGGCGGUGUUCGUAUUAUAAUAAAGGCCGAGAUAACUAUCCG